UAAAUGAUUGGAGCGACGGGGGAGCGCUUCACGGCCGGUCAUUGGCUCUCUGACAUGUCAGUUAAGUUGAAUGACAGUGACGACACAACGUCUGACACAGCCUAUUCCCGCGUGGUGGCGACAGAAGCUCUCAGUAAACGUCAGUGAUGUGGACAGUGAAGGUGGUCGGUCUGGGUGUAGUGGCCCUCUCUCUUGGUCUGGAGCUGUUUGGUUGGCUCCUCCGUCGCCUCAGGCCUGCUGGAAGAACCCUCAAUGAAGUCCUCUUCUUUCCCUCAGAGAUGGCCUGUGUGGAGCACAUCUUCACUCCUUCUUCACCAUAUUCCUGUUUCUGCUCGUUGCCUCAUGGUGUAGACACCUCUUUCUCCCGUCUUCUCCAACGCAUCCUGUCUACUUCCUCUUCUCUGGACUUGUGUGUCUUUGCCUUUUCCAACAUGGACCUGAGCAGGGCUGUACUUGCGCUGCAUAGCAGGGGCGUCACCAUCCGAGUCCUCACUGACAAGGACUAUGCUGCCAUCACUGGCUCCCAGAUAGGGGUCCUCCGCAAGGCCGGGAUCUGUGUGCGCUGCGAUGUGGCCUCUGUGUACAUGCAUCACAAGUUUGCAGUGGUGGAUGGCCGACUGCUCAUCACCGGCUCCCUCAACUGGACGCUGACAGCAGUGCAGUGCAACAUGGAGAACAUCCUCGUCACUGAGGAGCCAGACCUGGUGCAACCAUUCAUCAAGGAGUUCAACAGGUUGUGGGUGCGCAAUGAUCCGGCCCGAUACCACCGCUCAAGUGACCAAAAACCUGCACACGUUACCACUAGAACCUAUAACUAAUUAGCCAUGAUGAAUAUUGAGUCAGAGCUCAUGAACCUUUGAGUUAGACGGUAUGCAUGUAAAAUCUGUUCAGUCAGCUUGGCCACAAAAUGUCUACAGAAUUUUAUCUUUUAUUGUUUCUUGUUAUGUAGAGCUGUGGACGUGUGUUUACGUUACAAUGACAAUGUUACCGUUCAAGGUGAUGGGAGUUUAUUUUAAUUAUGUAUCAGAAAACUCAUCUAAUUUUGAAUGACACUGUCAUGUCAUGUGAUUUACAAGGCUGAGUCUGCAGUUAAGAGUUCCUGUUUGAUUCUGUUUUUUCUUAUAUGCUUCUGUUUACAGAAACAGUGGCCUUUAGCAGUGCUGUUUGGCACAGGCCUAAGAUGUGGAUAAUAUCCACAACAAAGAGUUGGUCUAGUUCUGAAGAGAAUACCUCUGUUUGUGUUAGGUGUUUAAUUCAAGUUUAUGUUUUUUAUUUUGUGUCACAGGUUGACAUUACGCAAUUACAGUUGCUUAUUUCAAAGAUCUCCACAGAUCAAAUUAAUCUUCUUUCUUUAUGGUCAUUAUAUAAUCGAUAAUCUAUUACAUGAUACAUUCACCCUUCAGAACUAAAGGGAUUAUUUAGUCAGGAAUUUGAGUUUAAUACCUUUAUUUAAAAGCCAAUCCUUUGGGUAUAACUGUAAAUUACACUGGCUGUAAAUCCAGUGUAUUGUUUAGGGUGUGCUGCUGCGGUCUCAGGGCCUAUGUUUUGCCAUGCGCCAUUAAAAACCCUCUUUCACACUGCA